CGAGAAAGCCUCCGAGCGCGGCGCCGCCGCUUCAGCCCGUCCGGAGUGGGGGCGGCGCGGCAUGAGGCGGCGUAGGCCCGCUCCGUAGCGCGUGCCGGGACGGUCCGGGCGGGGCCUGGGGGAAGCCUGGCGAGCAGGAUUGGAUGGUGAAUGCAGAAGGACUCCCAUGAGAAGAGAGCAGGAUGAGUGGAGGGUUCUCUCCUUGAAGCUGAGCCCUUGAAAGAGAUUUCCUUGAACGUGGAAGAGAUCUGGACAGAUGAAAAUACAAUCAGGAAAAUGCAACAUGGCAGCAGCAAUGGAAACAGAGCAGCUGGGUGUGGAGAUCUUUGAAACUGCAGAGUGUGAGGAGAAUAUUCAAUCACAGGACCGGCCUCAGUUGGAGCCGUUUUAUGUUGAGCGGUAUUCGUGGAGUCAGCUCAGGAAGCUGCUUGCUGACACCAGGAAAUACCAUGGCUACGUGAUGGCCAAGGCACCGCAUGAUUUUAUGUUUGUGAGGAGGAGUGGCCCAGACGGGCCUCAUUCGGACAGGAUCUAUUACCUUGCCAUGUCUGGUGAGAACAGGGAAAAUACACUGUUUUAUUCUGAAAUUCCCAAAACUAUCAACAGGGCAGCUGUCUUCAUGCUCUCGUGGAAGCCUCUUUUGGAUCUCUUUCAGGCAACACUGGACUAUGGAAUGUAUUCUCGGGAAGAAGAGCUCUUAAGAGAAAGAAAACGCAUCGGAACAGUUGGGAUCGCGUCUUAUGAUUAUCACCAAGAAAGUGGGACAUUUCUGUUUCAAGCCGGCAGUGGGAUUUACCAUGUGAAAGAUGGAGGGCCACAAGGGUUUACACAACAACCCUUACGACCCAAUUUAGUGGAGACUAGUUGUCCUAACAUACGGAUGGACCCAAAAUUAUGCCCUGCUGAUCCCGACUGGAUUGCUUUUAUCCAUAGCAAUGAUAUUUGGAUAUCCAACAUUGUAACCAGAGAGGAGAGAAGGCUCACCUAUGUGCACAACGAGCUGGCCAACCUCGAAGAUGAUCCGAGAUCAGCGGGAGUUGCCACCUUUGUCCUUCAGGAGGAGUUUGAUAGGUACUCUGGUUACUGGUGGUGUCCAGAAGCUGAAUCAGCUCCUAGUGGUGGCAAAAUUCUUAGAAUCCUGUAUGAAGAAAAUGAUGAAUCUGAGGUGGAAAUUAUUCAUGUUACAUCCCCUAUGUUGGAAACAAGGAGAGCAGAUUCAUUCCGUUAUCCUAAAACAGGCACACCGAAUCCGAAAGUCACUUUUAAGAUGUCGGAAAUAAUGGUUGAUGCUGCAGGAAGGAUUGUAGAGGUCAUAGAUAAGGAACUCAUUCAACCAUUUGAGAUUCUAUUUGAAGGAGUGGAAUAUAUCGCCAGAGCGGGAUGGACGCCAGAGGGACAAUAUGCUUGGUCCAUCCUACUAGAUCGCUCCCAAACUCGCCUGCAGAUAGUGCUGAUCUCACCUGACCUCUUCAUCCCAGUGGAAGAUGAUGCCCUGGAGCGUCAGAGACUCAUGGAGUCGGUGGCUGACUCUGUGACGCCACUGAUAAUAUAUGAAGAGACCACAGACAUCUGGAUAAAUAUUCAUGACAUCUUCUAUGUUUUCCCACAAAGUCAUGAAGAUGAAAUUGAGUUUAUUUUUGCCUCUGAAUGCAAAACAGGUUUCCGUCAUUUGUAUAAAAUCACAUCCAUUUUGAAGGAGAGCAAAUAUAAACGAUCCAGUGGAGGACUACCAGCCCCAAGUGAUUUCAAGUGUCCUGUCAAAGAGGAACUAGCAAUUACCAGUGGUGAAUGGGAAGUUCUUGGCCGGCAUGGAUCUAAUCACUGUGACUUCUUCAUCAGUAAGUACAGUAACCAGAGAAACCCACACUGUGUGGCCCUCUACAAGCUGUCGAGUACUGAAGAGGACACAACUUGUAAGACAAAGGAAUUCUGGGCCACCAUUUUGGAUUCAGCAGGUCCUCUUCCUGACUACACCCCUCCUGAAAUUUUCUCUUUCGAAAGUGCUACUGGAUUCACAUUGUAUGGGAUGCUCUACAAGCCUCAUGACCUGCAACCUGGAAAGAAGUACCCCACCGUGUUGUUUAUUUAUGGUGGUCCUCAGGUACAGUUGGUGAAUAAUCGGUUUAAAGGAGUCAAAUAUUUCCGCCUGAAUACCCUGGCCUCUCUGGGUUACGUGGUUGUGGUGAUAGACAACAGGGGAUCCUGUCACCGAGGGCUUAAAUUUGAAGGCGCCUUUAAAUAUAAAAUGGGCCAGAUAGAAAUUGACGAUCAAGUGGAAGGACUCCAGUACCUGGCUUCCCGAUAUGAUUUCAUCGACUUGGACCGCGUGGGCAUUCAUGGCUGGUCCUACGGGGGGUACCUCUCCCUGAUGGCCUUGAUGCAGAGGUCAGACGUCUUCAGGGUUGCUAUUGCCGGGGCCCCGGUCACUCUGUGGGUCUUCUAUGAUACAGGAUACACGGAACGCUACAUGGGCCACCCCGACCAGAAUGAACAGGGCUACUACUUAGGAUCGGUAGCCAUGCAAGCAGAAAAGUUCCCUUCCGAACCAAAUCGUUUACUACUCUUGCAUGGGUUCUUGGAUGAGAAUGUCCAUUUUGCACAUACCAGUAUAUUGCUGAGUUUUUUGGUGAGGGCUGGAAAGCCAUAUGAUUUGCAGAUCUAUCCUCAGGAAAGACACAGCAUAAGGGUUCCUGAAUCCGGAGAACAUUACGAACUGCAUCUUUUGCACUACCUGCAAGAAAACCUUGGAUCACGGAUUGCUGCUCUGAAAGUGAUGUAAUUGUGACCCAUGUAUAACACUCAUACACUGGCUGCUUAACCAAAUGAGGUGAAAUCAAUUGCAAACAUAGAACUGAUCAUCACAUUCCGGUACCUGCCACAUAACAUCUCCUUCUGAAAGUUAAUCCGGUGCCACGCAGGUGCCUGCAGCUUGUGGAUAGUCAUCUGAUACUAUAAACACACACACACACACACACACACAAUUUUGAAUGGCAUCUAUUUCUAAGGACCCCGAUAAUACCAUGAGAAUUAAUGAAAGAAGUAUCAUAUUUAUAUCACAUAUCCGUACGACCCUACUUUCACUUUGAAAAGCAUUAUAAACCUCAUGGAUUUAGUUAGUGUAUUUUUACAGUAUAUUUCUGCGUUUGUUAAAUAAGACAUUAGUGAUUGGUUUGGAUCAGUUCCAGCAUCGCUGACGAGUUACAGAUUUGAUAGCACUUAGAUGUAAUUGAUGCUUAUGCUUCAUUGCCGGGUUGUAUCCAGCAUGUUAUGAGCUAAUCACUAGUAGCCCUGGCUUCCCCAGUCAUUAAUGAUUUUCACGGGUAACUUAGUGGCCUCCGAAAGACACUGACUUUGUUCCUUCAAGCUCCGACCAGUUUUUAGCCGAUUUAAACUGGAUCCUGUAGAAACGGUUCCCAUAUUUCUUGAUGACAGUGGGUUUUUCCUUUCGCAUAAAGGCGAAUAACUAUGUA